UGGGUAUUGGAAGGGGAAGAAAUCGGAAGAGGAGGAAGACGCAAUUUUUGUCUUGUUGGCCUUCGUUGACGAGAGAAGCCGGAGGGAGGAGGGAAGGGAGAUCGGGGUUUCGCACGCAGAGAGAGAGAAUGGCGGCGAAGUGCCUGCAUCGAAUGUUUCUGGCUGUUGUAUUGUGCUGCAUUAGCGUUAGGUGUGUGCAAGGGAUUUGGCUUAGCCUUCCUGCCACCGGAACCAAGUGCGUGUCGGAGGAGAUCCAGGCAAACGUCGUCGUCUUGGCCGACUACGCCAUCGUCUCCGACGAGAACGCCCAUGAUACCCAGUUCGUCUCCGUCAAGGUGACAUCACCUUAUGCAAAUAUACUCUAUCACAAGGAAAAUGUGACAUCUGGUCAAUUUGCUUUCACAACAACUGAGGCUGGUAACUACCUAGCAUGUUUCUGGUUAGAAGGGAACCACAAUGGCUUGGGAGCAAAUGUCAACAUUGACUGGAAGAUUGGAAUUGCAGCAAAGGAUUGGGAAUCUGUUGCAAGAAAAGAGAAGAUUGAGGGUGUAGAACUGGAGCUGAGAAAAUUGGAGGGACAAGUUGAAGCUAUCCAUGAGAACCUUUUGUACCUAAAGGGCAGGGAAGCGGAAAUGCGGAUCGUGAGUGAACGAACAAAUGCACGAGUGGCCUGGUUCAGCAUCAUGUCACUUGGUGUUUGCAUUGGGGUGUCGGUUUUGCAGUUGUGGCACCUAAAGCGCUACUUUCAGAAGAAGAAGCUUAUUUAAGAUGAUGCUUGACACAGGUCAUGCUUUAUACCAGUUUAAUUUUAUUUUUUUUUAACAUCUUGGGCUUCUACGUCAAUUUGAGAUGUAACAACCAAUUUGGAAGAAUAUUCUGUAAAAUGUAGACACCUUCUUGCAGACCCUUGAUGGAUUUUCUUCUUAGCAGGUUUUGCCAACAAGUUCCGUUGAUAAUUGAAAAUUGCAAACUUUAUGGUAA